AUGGCUCUGCAGGAUGUCUGCAAGUGGCAGGUCCCUGAUACCCAGGGGCUAUCCCCCCAUUUGCCUGAGGCUGGUGGCUGGGCUGUGCCUCAGGGCUGUGACCCUCAAACCUUCCUGCAGAUCUAUGGCCCCAGACUGGCUCAUGGCACCACCACCCUGGCUUUUCGAUUCCGUCACGGUGUCAUCGCUGCAGCUGACACUCGUUCCUCCUGUGGCAGCUAUGUGGCAUGUCCGGCCUCACGAAAGGUCAUCCCUGUGCACCGGCACCUUCUGGGUACCACCUCUGGGACCUCUGCUGAUUGUGUCACAUGGUAUCGGGUGUUACAGCGGGAGCUGCGACUUCGGGAACUGAGGGAAGGUCAGCUGCCCAGUGUGGCGGGCACAGCCAAACUCUUGUCAACUAUGAUGUCCCGCUACCGGGGUCUGGAUCUGUGUGUGGCCACAGCCCUGUGUGGCUGGGACCACUCUGGCCCUGCCCUCUUCUAUGUCUACAGCGAUGGCACUUGUUUGCAGGGAGACAUCUUCUCUGUGGGCUCUGGAUCUCCGUAUGCCUAUGGUGUGCUUGACCGUAGCUACCACUAUGACAUGACCAUUCAGGAAGCCUAUACUCUGGCCCGCUGUGCUGUGGCCCAUGCCACCCACCGUGAUGCUUAUUCAGGGGGCUCCGUGGACCUUUUCCAUGUUCAAGAGUCUGGAUGGGAGUAUGUGUCCCGCAGUGAUGCCUACGUGCUAUACAUGGAGCUGCAGAAAGCCCCAGGCUUGGAGCAGGAGCGGGAGCCGGAGCGGAAGCAGGAGCGGGAGCCGGAGCAGGAGCAGGAGCAGGAGGCGGAAGUCAGUCAAGUCUGCCCUGGACCCGCCACUCCACAAGAUGCUGCAGGAGGUGGAGAACUCUUUGUGGAGCCAGAGGAGGUGACAGCAGAAGACGACAGGAUAAGAGUGAAGACUGAAAUGAUUUGA